CGUACUCGUGUCCAUGCGUGUGACGAGCAGUCUGGGCUUGUAAACGGUGAAGCACAGGACAAGAAAAGGCCGAUGACGGGUGUUCAGAUUCAAAGAUGUGUGCGGAAAUUGUCCAGUCGAGAGGAUCAUUGAACUUGUGAUUUUGUCAACAUGGAGAAAAUAGUGCACGGUGCUGAAGGGAGGCCAACCGAACCGCGCGCGGCCAUCCGUUGUGUCAAGAAGAAAAAACGCAAAAAGGAUCUCGAAUUGCUUCGCCGGCAAGUUUUAGAAGCAAAACGCAACUCGCGUAAAGAAGCAGCACCGUCAAAAGUCCGAAAGACGAGCCUCACAAGAGCCUUAAAUUAUUUUGCUGACCAAAGACAGGAAAACGAUAAGAAAACUCGCGGAGUCGACAGGACGGGUAAGAAAGUUGGAAAACGAAAGAUCUGCACGAAACUCCUUUCAUUGAACGAGCAACGAAUUGGCAUUUUCGCAAAAGGCUCGAAGGGCGACCGAAUUAAAAGAGAGAAUCAGAAUUCGAGCGAAGAGAACAGGGCGCGACUUCGUGGAGAGAUUCAUAGGCUUAUGAACGGCAUCAACUCCAAUUGGAGAUCACCUACGAAUUCUUCUGAUCACAGUCCACCUGCGGACAAUAACAAGAGUCCAAUACUGGGUAAUAUUAAUCAGCCAAAACGACAUUCACGUGGCGAUGAGCUUCGAACAAGGAAACAUACGAAAAAAAAGGAAUUCCAAGACCUUGAUCACAUAGACUUGGCAGCCGCAGAGGUUCCACCCCCGCGUACGCAAAAGGAGAAUAGAUACAAGAGGAGACUUUUUGAGGAUGAUGUGGACGACAAUUUCGGCAAAAUGGAUCGUUUCCUUGCGGAGGAAUUACGAUUUUCUCCGAAAAUUAUGUCGAGCGGAAUUUCCACAACGAAUGGUACUCCUGAAAAUAAUGCUUCGGACAGAGAGAUUACAAAUCAGUCGGAAAACACAAAAAUACCAUUCUUUGCACUACGAAAUGCAAACUGGUCGCCGACAAGGCGAUACGACAGACUCUGCACGAUGAUUUGCUCUGAGAAGUUUGAAAAUUGCUUGGAGGAAAUUCAAUAUAGAGAUCCUCUAAAGAAAGCCAAACGCACCCUGAUGGGCAUCUACGCGGACUCGUGCAGGCAACACUUGUUGCGCCAAAGGAGUAAUGCGUACAAUGGAUUGGAGAAUUCAAGCACUUCGAGUUCCUUGUCAGAAACUGAAGAUCAGGUCGACAUAACCGAGGAUACUGAUGCUCUUUCCUCUGCAGAAGAUUCGGAUGUUCUCUCAGAGCCCGAAAAGAAACAUGCAAGGAUAGGCAGGAAGGAAAAGGAUUGGUUGGCUGCCGCUCAGGCGAGAACCACCAAUCACGCUGAUAGGAGACUUUCUCAGAUCUCAGAAUCAGAAUCAGAAAGUCUCGACAAUUCCAGAGAGCCGUUUCAUUGGCUCGAUGCUAAUAAGAGAAAAGGAGUCAAAGGCUGUAAGCGCAAUACUCGUAAAGUUUUUGCGCAGGACUCGCAUGAGGGCAACGAAAAACUUUCAAUGGCUUCUCUGCGUGUAAACAUCGACGCCAAAAGUUGGAAUAUCGUCGACAGACCAAAGUCUGACGUUAUUCCAUUUGGGAAUAUGUCGAACGUUGUGAAACGCGAAGCUUUCAUGAUUAAGUUUCUUGAAAAUUUGAAUAUGAAUAAGGCUAAAAAGGAUACGCUGAAAUUGUCUCCCCAGGAAGCGUAUUGGUCCUCUCCCCGGAUGCGAAAGUUCUUAGAAGCACAAUCUCUGGACGAUUCUAUAAGCAGACGGAGAAACAACGUGAAAUAUGUUAAGGAUCCUGCCGUAUUGAAAUUUGGCAAUUAUCAGAAUGUCGCAGAAUUUGAGGAUUUACCUCGGAAAAUACGUUUUCCCAGGACUACGAAAUACGUUCCAGCUAUUCUGCGUAGACCGAAAACCCGCAAGUCGACUGAACAGGCCGAUAUUUCUGAUCCUCUUUUCCCCUUCAGAGUGAACGUCGAUAAGGCCACCGAGACUGAUCCACACGAUGAAGAUACCCGAAAGAAGAAUAAAUAUGAAAUGGAGGCUGCGCCAUCGUUUGCCAUUCCGAAAAUGCAAGAUCUUACUCAAAGCCGGAUGACUACGGAUAUUUCCUUUUCCGAAUUCGAGACGCAUCUGCAGACACCAAGUAUUGUAAAUGCGUAUCUGGAGCACAAAAAUGGUCUGAUGAAAUCCAAAGUGAACUUCAUGAAUGCAAAGUACAGGACAGUUUCACGGGACAUAUACGAAGAUAACGAAAGGCAGGGAUACUCCCGUAACGAGGAAAGAAACUGCGUUCAGCAGGCUGAAUGCGGCUUCGAUCCAAAAAACACGAAGGGCAACAUUCUGCAACAAAGUUCAAAGGAGGUCGCGCCGCUUCUUACUCGUAAUAAAGAUAUUGCAACGUUACAGGAAAAGUAUAUACGAGAACUCGUUCCGCAUCGCGAAGAAAAUCCAGCUCAAGGAGAAUCUCACAAGAAUUGUGCGAAAACCGUGAGAUUCCUUCGAGCCGAGCCUAACGGUUCGGCAGAAGACCGUGCAUCUCGUCAACGGGCUGGCAACGAGCUUCCCAGAAACGAAGGGCAGAAUUGCAAAGCGUCGAACUCGAAGUGCCGAGAUGCGCGAGACUUUGGAAAUUUCACGGAGCUUGCAAGUGAAAAUUUGACUCGCGGCGGCAUGAAAACUGAUAAUUUUCACCGAGAAAAUCAGAAGCAGCCGGAUGGUUUGGAGAUUUUGAGAUGCGAGAAUGGGGGGAAUCAAAGGCUCAACUACGCCGCUCAGAAUGCCGGAGCGCAAAGUGAACUACAGAAACUCGUAGUGACAUCCUCGUUUGAUAACGAGGACUCGCGGGACCCGUCAAAUUUUCAUGCGUGCAAACCUGCCGAUGGAUUGGUACGCGUAAUCGCCUUGGAAAAUCAAUCGGACACCUGUCGACGUCCUGAAUUCAUCGAAAGGGCGCAGGAAGCUACCAACUUGUGCGAGGACGUCCAGCCGGCCAAGUAUCUAGCCUUCGACAGUUCUCAAAAUAUUCAGAGAAUUCCUAUUUACAUUCGGAAUGACCGUGUCGGCGGUUUGGCUUCCGAAUCUUGUUCUGCCGGUCUUGCGAAUUUCACUAAGAAUCGGCAGGGGGAGCAGAAUGCUGCUAAAAAUGUCGAGCACAAGAUAGUGAUCGUACCCAGAGCCGAGGAGAACAGUGGGAUCCUUUACGCACAGGACACGCAAGCGCCUCGGCCUCUCCUGAAGGAUGCUCCUGGCGGCGCAUUUCAAAACUCCGAAGUCACUUGUCCCGGAUAUCCUGUCGCGGCUACGAAGAAUUUCUACGGGCAAACAGUGGCUCCUAGAGAGUUCUCUCAAGGUGGCGCCGCCGCUCAUCGUAUUCUACAAAAUGUACAAAUAAUCGAGCCACUCUUUCAAAAUAAAGAGAGAAACCAUUGUUACCCCGGGGUCGUCUAUCAGGAGGGUGACCGCAUGGUCGCGAGCUUCAUGGCGGAGCCAAUGGGGAUUACGAAGAAUAACGAAAAUUCCAGGAAACAAUUUGAAAAUGCAUGUUCGUUCGAAAGUGGGCAGGAUUCUGAACGUCAGUCGCACUGCACGGCGUGCGCGCACUCGCGGGGACAUCCCAAUCCUCCGAAAAGAAUUCAAUUGUCGAACGGCACAGUGGGUCUACUCGUGCCAAGAAAUAAUUCACAUCCGAAUAUGACACAGAGACAAGAAAGCGUAGCUGGUUGUGGUGUCGUUUAUACGGGCCAGAAUAGUAACUUUCAAUGGGUUAUAGAUCCGACCUAUCAGGAUGGUGGACGCACGAGGAUCCAGACCGAUGGAAAUUGGGAUCGUUUACACCAGCGAUUCGUGCAGCCGGUUUACAAUAUUAUAGAUGCGCAUCCGUCGCAAGUUUCCACAAAUAAGUUUCCUACUGGUUUUUAAGCCUGAGUACACUGAUACCGAUCAAGAUAUUCUACGUGUACUCAUAUAUACUAAAAUAUUGUAUCAUAAACAAGUUAUGGAAACGGCUGUGCACGAAUUAAUGCAAUUGGGAAAAGCCGCAGCUGCCGAUACGGAAAGAAUCAUUAAAGAUUCUCAUACCAUUAAAUCGUAAAGAAGAUUAUAUUAUAUAUUUCAAAGAUUCACUUUGUUAACGCAAACGCAUAUUGCAGUUUGGUUUUGUGUAAUUAGUCAACAGUAGCGACUUAAAUGAACGCGGCGAGCCAGUAAUUAUGACGACGCCAUCUUUAUUUCGAAACUGUAAACAGUAAUGUAUGAUUAAAUAAAUAAAAUUAAAGCUCUCUAACUAUACGA